AUGUCCAGUUUCGGGACAAUGUUGGUUGCGUUUUUUGCGUGUUACUCAACCAUCCAGUGGUCACCGGCGGGUGCUGCAAACAUCCUGGCGGUUCAGACGAUUCCGGGCAAGAGCCACUGGAACGUGAUGCGAGCGGUGCUGCAGGCGUUGACUGACCGCGGUCACCACUUGACCGUGUUCACUCCAUUCGCGGAAGGUGACCGGGACGGUUACACGGAGGUGGACGUGUCCGAACAAAUGGUACCGAUACUCGGCGUGAACGCGACGUUCAUAAUCCAAAAUUACGGCUCCAUGCGGAACAUGAUGUCGAACAUCAUGCGCUACACUCGAGCGAGCUGUGACAAAAUUUACGAACAUCCACGGAUGGUGGAAAUCAUGGACGGGGUGGAGACGGGGAAAUUCGACUUGGUCAUCACCGAACCUUUGGGGUCCGAGUGCGUGGCGUACGUGGCCACCGUGCUCGGCGUGUCCAUGGUGUACAUCGUCCCACUUCCAGUGGUCACGUAUCUGGAACGUUCGUUGACCGGACACGUCCCGAACCCGGCGGUCUCGGGGCACGCGAUGUCUCACCUAGGCACGCUCAAAACUUUCACCGAACGUUUCGCUAACGUGGCGCUGACGGUAUACUGUUCGACGCUGAAGUGGUACUCCGAGCUGCGGGACCGACAGGCUGACCCGCGACCGUACGAUUCCGUGGAAAUGGCCCGACCGUCUAUGAUUUUUAUCAACUCGCAUUUCAUCACAGAACCGUCUAGGCCCCUGACGUCGGACGUUGUCCAAAUCGGCGGAAUUCACCUGACUCCGCCCAACCCUAUACCUAAGGACAUUUUAGAAUUCAUUGACGAAGCGCCUCAUGGGGUGAUUUGCUUAUCGUUUGGUUCUAUUAUUUUGAUGACAUCGUUACCAGAAACUGUUCAGCUCGCGUUCUACGCUGCGCUAGCUCGAGUUCCGCAGAAGGUGCUGUGGAAAUACGAAGGCGAAAUGAAAGACAAACCGAAGAAUGUGAUGACCCUGAAAUGGUUUCCGCAGCGGGACAUCCUUUUGCAUCCUAAUGUCAAACUAUUCAUAAGUCAUGGAGGCAUAUCCGGAGUGUACGAAGCUUUGGAUGCUGGUGUACCUGUACUCGGUUUUCCAUUUUACAACGACCAACCUAGAAAUAUUGACAGUUUGGUCAACGCUGGGAUGGCGAUUGGUAUGGACCUGUUAUCUGUUACAGAAGAUACGCUGUUAACCGCCAUUUUGGAGAUUGUUAACAACGAUAGGUACCAGAAAAACGCUAAAAUCGCUUCCGAACGGUUCAGAGACCGACCUAUGUCAACUGCAGAAUCGGUGGUUUACUGGACAGAGUACGUCCUACGCCAUAAAGGAGCACCACAUUUAAAAUCUCAUGCUCUUGAUCUGACGUGGUAUCAAUAUUUUUUGGUUGAUGUAAUAAGUACAUUUUUAUUUAUUGCUUUUGUUGUUUUGUUCAUAAUUUACUAUAGCCUAAAAAUCAUUUGUAAACAAAUUCAUAAAUUUUUUCAUAGUUUGAAAAAAAAACGAGAAUGA